AUGUCUGGGUGGAGAAAUGUUGUUCCGGGGUAUCUGUGGAUAUCAUCAAGCAACCUUGGAAGGGUAACGUUGUUGGAUGAUGCUGAUGCAACCCAAGGCAACCAAGUAACCAGGAAGCAGUGCAGAACCAUUUCGGGUAUCCGCACAUUAAAUGAUCGCCGGUACCUGCCAGCAUUGAAGCCUAGCGUCGUCAUCACAGCGCUCAACGCAGUUGCAGUAACAGCUUUGCCUGUCGCACUGCGAGCGCCAGCCUCACAGGGCUAG